UAUUGAUUCAAGUCAUGACAUCUUUUAUAAUAUCUCCGUAUACGAUCCAAGGGCGUAUCGACUCCUCCCACCAAAAUAGAAAUGGCUUACAGAGCUCAGGAUACUUGGUCUAGUGACUAUGACUACCUUAUAGAUCUAAGCUAUCAGAUUGAAUCUAGGCUUGAAGGGGGUGGGGCACAAGUGAGGAGUGACGAUGUGGCUUCGAUGAUGAGCGAAUACAAGCAAGGACUUAAUUCACUAAAGAGACAACUCAAACACCACUCACUGUCUGAAAGGGAGCGGGCUCAGAGACAGAAACAGCUGGAUCAACUAACAGACAAAUUGGAUCAGUUCAAUAGGAUCGGUGAUAGUUCCUCACGCUCUUUCGGUGACCAUGACGACACAUUUCAGUCACAUCCCUAUUCCUCCGGCUUGGGCGGAGUUGGUCCUGGAAUUGGUCAGAGGAUGACGCCAGACGAACUGCAACAGCAGCAGAGACAAAUGAUAGCAGAGCAAGACCGUGGACUUGAUGCCAUAUCUGCUGCCUUGAGACGACAGCAAAAGGUCGGACUAGCCAUACAAGAUGAAGUCUCGGAACACAAUGUAUUGAUUGAUGAUAUCAGUGCCGGUACUAGUAGAGCUGAUGCUCGAAUUAGAAGAGAAACCCAACGGAUUGAAGAAAGGAGAAGAAAAGAAAAGACAUGGUGCAGCUGCAUUCUGUGGACUAUUGCUAUACUAUUGGCUAUUGCUAUCAUUGUCGUGGCCGUUGUUCCAAAAUAACUAUUAUUAUUAUUAUUAAUUAUCAUUAUUAUUGUUAUUGUUAUUUUAAUGCAACAUUUGUGAGCGUGUGUGUUUAUGUACAAUAAUAAUUGUCUUAUAACUGAUUAUUAUUAUUAUUAUUGAAUAAAAAGAUGAAAAA